CCCCAGCCGAGCGCCGAGGAAGCGCACGGCGCAGCCGGCAGGGAGGAAACGGCGUCGGCCCCGCCCCUUAGGCAAACUUAGCUGCGCUCCGAGCCCUUUAGUUCUCACCGGCUUCUUCCUCCAGGGUCUCCGUUCUGUAGACUGUCUAGUUAGUUGCGUGACUAUGGGACAGAUUGUUGUUCCAGUUUUAAGCUCGUUAUGGGAAUGAGGUUUCAUGGAACUGAGGGAACUCGCUCAAGAUCACACAGAGGGAAGUGACGGUGAAUGCCAAGAUGUUUAAGCGUAGGCUCAAGAGGUCAAUGAAGCUAACUAAGACUUAAGGUGCUUACGCGAUGUCAAGUUGUUAGCAUUUUGCACUAACUCGGAUAAUUAUGUUUCAUAACGUUAAAGCGGUCUGGCUACUUUUCAGAUGGGGAAGCAGAAUCAAGUACAAAUAGUUCGGACUGGAGAGAAUACUUGGCGAGUAAGAGCGUAUACUGCCCUUGCAGUAUAGAAUUCAGUUCCCAGCACCCAUGUCAGGUGGCUCACAAUUGUUUACAGUGUUAGAAGAUCCACCACCUCUUUGCUCUUCGGGGAUUUGCACACAAGAGCACAUACCUACAUACAUACACACACAUUCAGAAUAAGAUAAAUGUAAAACAAAGCAAGUACUGCCGGGCCUGGUAGUUAAUGUCUGUAAUCUCAGCAUCUGGGAGACUGAAGCAGGAAAAUCUGAGGAGUUCGAAGCCGCCCUGGGCUAGAUAGUGAGCUCCAGAACAACCUGGACUACGAGUACCUUUUACACCCCAUUGAGAGAGAGAGAGAGAGAGAGAGAGAGAGAGAGAGAGAGAGAGAGAGAACUUGCGAGGCGAGCUGGACAGCUCACAUCACGGAUGGCCACACUCUGCCUUCAUACAUUAGGCCAAAACUCAGAGGGCUUGCUGUCUUAAGUGGCUCCUCUGCACACUUCCCCGGCACUCGGUUGUUUGAUCUUUGCUCUUUCUUGGAAGGUAAGAUUCUUAUUUAGAGGUAGGAAAUGAGAGUCUAACAUUUUAAGUAACUUAUUCAAAAGAGUAUGUGGUGGGACUGAGAUUCAAAGCCAGUGGAUCUAUUCCCCAGCCUGAGUUAACCUGUAAAGUGCACACAUGGGCAUCUAAAGGUGCCAAGUUUCUCCGGCUUUUGUCCUGAACUAAACUGCAAUGAAACUCCUUUGUAGAAGAAUUGCACUAUAAAAAACCGCUCAUGCAGCGAACUCCGCACUUCCCUUCCUGGAAGAAUGUUGAUCCUGGUCGCCCACCGUGAGUCGUGUCGUUAAUUGGUCAGCUAUUGUCAUGUGAUCGGCCCGCCCUCUUUGCCAACAUGGCCGCUUCCAGGUCCUAAUGCGCGAAGCGUGCACCGCGACUUGUGUCCUGUGAGCAGAGAGGAGGGUUGAGGCGCCCGUGGAUGUCCCACGCGAGGACGGUCCUGUGGCUAAGCCGCCCUCUCCGUCAGGCCCGCAUCCUCUGUAGAACUCAGUUCAUGGAACAGAAGGCCCAGGGACCGCCCUCUCCACCAGCUAUGGAGAACGGCACACAGCCCUGCGAAGAGCGCCCACCCGCGGCCCCGGAGGCGACUAUCACCGAGGGCGCCGCCAAGAUCGUCUUCCCCAACGCCAACGAGGUUUUCUACAACCCAGUGCAGGAGUUCAACCGGGACCUGACAUGUGCCGUGAUCACUGAGUUUGCUCGAACUCAUCUUGGGGCCAAGGGAAUCCAGAUCAAGGUACCAGGAGAGAAGAACUUGCAGAAAGUGUGUGUGAACUUGUCUGAGCAAGAAGAGGAAAAGGCCGAACAGAAAGAGGGUGAAAACCUGACCCCAGGAGACCAGCCUCGGACAGCUGCAGUUGGUGAGAUCUGUGAGGAAGGUCUACGGGUGCUGGAAGGCCUGGCAGCAUCUGGUCUGCGCUCCAUCCGAUUCGCCCUAGAGGUUCCUGGCCUCCAGUCUGUGGUUGCCAAUGAUGCCUCUGCCCGGGCUGUAGAGCUUAUAGACCGAAACGUGCACCUCAAUGGGGUAGCACAUCUUGUACAGCCCAACCAGGCGGAUGCCCGGAUGCUGAUGUACCAACACCAAAAGGCAUCUGAGCGUUUUGAUGUCAUUGACCUGGACCCUUAUGGCAGCCCUGCCCCCUUCCUGGACGCAGCAGUGCAGGCUGUGAGUGACGGAGGACUGCUGUGUGUCACCUGCACGGACAUGGCAGUAUUGGCAGGGAACAGCGGGGAGACGUGCUACAGCAAGUAUGGAGCCAUGGCCCUCAAGAGCCGGGCCUGCCAUGAGAUGGCCCUGAGAAUUGUGCUGCAUAGCCUGGACCUGCACGCCAACUGCUACCAGCGCUUCGUGGUGCCACUGCUCAGCAUCAGUGCCGACUUCUAUGUCCGGGUUUUUGUGCGCGUUUUCACAGGCCAGGCCAAGGUUAAGUCCUCAGCCAGCAAGCAGGCCCUGGUGUACCAGUGUGUGGGUUGUGGAGCCUUCUACCUGCAACGCCUUGGCAAAGCGUCGCGAGACCCUGCUGGCAGGGUCAAGUUCUCUGCUGCCUGUGGUCCUCCAGUGACCCCUGAGUGUGAACACUGUGGACAGCGACACCAGCUUGGAGGCCCCAUGUGGGCAGACCCCAUCCAUGACCUGGACUUUGUGGGCCGAGUUCUUGAGGCAGUGACCACUAAUCCUGGCCGCUUCCACACCUCCAAGCGGAUCCAAGGUGUCUUGAGUGUUGUUACUGAGGAACUUCCCGAUGUCCCUCUCUACUACACAUUGGACCAACUGAGCAGCACCAUCCACUGCAACACACCCCGCCUUCUGCAGCUUCGGUCAGCUCUCCUCCACGCUGGCUUCCGAGUCUCUCUCUCCCAUGCUUGUAAGAAUGCAGUGAAGACAGACGCUCCCCCGCUAGCUCUCUGGGACAUCAUGCGUUGCUGGGAGAAGGAGUGUCCUGUGAAACGGGAGCGGCUGUCGGAAACCAGCCCGGCGUUCCGAAUUCUGGCCGUGGAGCCCAGGCUGAAGGCCAACUUCAACAUCCGGGAAGAUGCCAACCCCAGCUCCCGCCAGCAAGGACUCAAGCGCUUCCAGGCCAAUCCAGAAGCCAACUGGGGUCCCCGGCCCCGUGCCCGGCCAGGGGGCAAGGCAGCAAGUAAAGAUCUGGAGGAGAGGCGGAGGCUGCUGCAGAAUAAGCGGAAGGAGCCUGCUGAGGACCCGGCCCAGAGGGCAGCUCGCCUCAAGACAUUUCCUUGCAAACGAUUCAAGGAGGGCAUCUGUCAGCGAGGGGAGCAGUGCUGUUAUUCACACAACCCUACACCACCUGAGGCCUCUGCGGAUCCUCCCCUCACGGACUGUCCAGAGACCACCCCCAAGAUCCUCCCCGGACCAGAUGCUGCUGCUGGGGGGGGCACUGCUGGGCCAGGUGUGGACUGAGACAAUAAAGAGAAACCCUUUUC